AUGGCUGUGAAAUCCAUCAAUAUUGAUGAAGAACAAAGACAAACACAACGUUUUUCGGAUAUCGCUGAAGAACCUUGUCGAAUGUUGAUCCCCAUUGAAGGGUAUGAAAAUGAGCCACUUGUUACCCUUGAAGAAGCUGUAGAACCUAUUGUUUUAUAUGUACCCGAUAUCAAACGAAAGACCUAUAUUGCAAAAAUGAAAUGUGCCGAGUAUUCACCAAGCCAACUAACAAUUGACCAAGCAGCUUCAAUCAUGCUCUAUACAAUGGAAUGGGAGCCUCACGAAGAAUGUCUUUAUUAUGUCUUAAAUCGAACCCUACAAAAUGAAGAUCGACAAAAACUAAAACCUUGGUUUCUUUAUCUCAAGUUGAUUCUUACUGCAUUGGCUCAACUUCCAGCAACUCAUUCUUUGUCUAUCGUGGAAUUAAACGAGACAUGA